UCACAGAAGAAAAAAUUUGUGAUGUUAUAUGUUAUUUUUGUUUAACAUGUGAAUUGGUAAAAGUUCUUUGGAUUUAAAAGUGUAAUUUGAUUAACCUACCAACUUUGCAGUUAUUAAUAAUUCAAAAAAGUUGAGAUAUCUAUAAACAUUAUGCAAGGAUCCACAAAAAAGAAAUAUUAUUGUGAUCUAUGUAAAAUAAAUUUACAUAACGAAGCCACUAUGAUGCAACAUCUCUCUGGGCAGAAACAUUUAAAAUUAUACCAUGGAAAGGAGGAGCAAAUGAGGAUUGCAAGAAAAUGUGGAAUUUUUGUGACAGGAUAUCCACCAUAUAUUUGCCAGGAAAUAAUUCUAAAGUACUUUUUCAGUUAUGGUAAAGUGGUUUUUACAUAUUUUGGAAAUUCUUUCUUGCUUGUUGACUAUGCAGAACCUUCUGAUGCUCUGACAGUUCUGAGAGGAAAUCAUUAUCUUGGCGGCAGAAAACUUACUGUCCAGUAUAGAGAAUUGAGAACGCAACAACCUUUCAAUAAAUAUUCGCAGAUAGAAGAUCAUGAUGAUUUCCAUAAACAACUAAAGAACAUGAAAACGCUCUCUGAACAAGUUACUUCUCUAGCAGAGUAUUUGGAGGUAGGGAAUAAUAGAAAAUAUCCAGUGUAUAUGAGAGUGUGUGAUGAUUUGCAAAAUUCCCUACAAUAUACUUUUCCGAGGGUGCAAAUUUUUCCAUUUGGAUCCACGAUAACAGGUCUUGACUUCAAAAAUAGUGAUAUUGACCUCUAUAUAAAAGGUGUGAGGAACAGGGAAAACAAUGUACCGUUCCUUUAUAAAAUCAAACAUAUUUUGAUGCACUCUCAAAGGUUCACCAAUUGUAUUGUCAUAGCUCAUGCAAAAAUUCCUAUUUUGAAGUGCAUCCAUAUAGAAUCCAAUAUUAAUUGUGACAUUAACAUCAAGAAUAAGUUAGGAGUGUGCAAUAGUGAACUGAUCAAUUACUAUUUGAAAUUGGAUUUCAAAAUUAGAGAGGCGAUGGUGAUAAUAAAGUAUUGGGCGAAGAUCCAUAAGAUAACAGGACAAAAUCAUUUGUUCACCAAUUAUUCAUUGAGCCUCAUGAUGAUAUUUUUUUUACAACAAAAGCCUCACGAGGUUCCGUCUGUUCGUUUGCUUCAGGAGGAUGAAAAAUUUGCCAGUUACCAGGAUGGUUGGAACGGCGGUUUUAAACAAAAGGAAUACAAUAAUUACACUUUACGAAAUAUAUCUCUAGCUGAGCUGUUAGCUGACUUUUUCGAAUUUUAUUCAAAUUUUGACUAUAGUACAUUUAUAAUUUGCCCUUACUUAGGAGUAAAAAUGAAAAAGGAGGCUUUUAAAACCCCAGAGCAACUUCCGGAACACUAUAACACCUAUAAGGACUUUAUUAAAGUUGAGGGAAAUGUCGCUUUGAAAGUGGAAGUUUCGAUUUGCAUACAGGAUCCAUUUGAGCAUUCUCGAAAUGCAACCCCUGCAGUAUCGGAGUCUACUUUGAACAUAUUCCUUAAUUUAUGUCGCCAGGGAAAGCAAAUAUGUAAAGAUGGUCCCGUAGGCUUAUUAUAUAAACUUUUGACGGAAAAACCACCGAAUAUUAAGAGUGAACAGUUAUUGAAAUGCAACUUUAGCCAGUUCACUGUGCCGAUGGGCAUCAAUGUGAAGUAUUUAUCCAAAAAUAUCGAUGACAACGUAUCCAACAGAAGACAGGUGAUUGAAGAGGAAUGGUUCGAAUCAGCCAAUAAAUUUUUGGUGACUGUUCUGAAGGAAUUCUUGAAUUUUGACGUGAAGGAAACUACCAAAGAGGAUACGGAUAUUAAAGCAAAAAGAUCUGAGGGCCAAACUGAUGUUCAUGAUAAAGAAAAAAUACCAGUGUUCUCUUAUAGGUGCUCUGCAAAGUUGGAUUUAUGGCAGUUACGUAAAUCAACUUUGAAGAAUCUUAACACCAAAGACAUCGUUGGAAUAGUCAAUAAAGAAAAAGAAGUUACCAAGCAGUUAUUGAUGUUGUAUAAAGAUUUGGCUCCUACUGAAAAAAUAUUAGAUUUUGAGAUCACCAUUCAAAAGAAGAGCGUUCCAGUACAACUGCUUAUUGAUUUAACCAAAAUUUGUUCGUAUAAGAAGACAUUCAAGUCCUUUUGCACAUUUUUUGCAGCAAAUUUUAUUUAUUGGUUUGAAACCUAUGAAAAGGAGUUGAAUGGACUGAGUUAACGAAUUUUACUCAUUAUAAAUAUACCAAGCAAGUACUUGUAAUAUAUAUGUACAUAUUUGUUGAAACAUUGCACAGAGUUUAGACCUCUGACUGUUGUAUAUUUAUAAAUGAAACUUUCUCAAAGGUAUUUUUUCAACUUUUUCUGUCAUAUUAGCAUAAACUUAAUUAAUUUACUGGUAAAUGUUUGGUAGUCUUUUAAUUUUUGAACUGAUAUCAAUAUGUCAUUGAUAUGUUUUAGAGAAAAGAGAUUGUUAGGAGGGGAUGUGAUGAAAAUCACAUCAAUUCAUAUGAAUCUUUUAUACAGGGACACU